GCUCUGCGAUAUCUCUUACUUAUUAUCAAAGGGUUUCACACACUGUCAUUGCUCAGUGGACUCAGAAAACGUACGAAUAUCUUACGCCUGUCCUCCCUGUCAAUUCAUGUUGGUGCUCCAUCGCCUGUUCAUUCCUCUAGUUACAGGGCAAGCCUUGCGAAGCCUCUCGUGGCUCAUACCACUGAAACGUCACCAACAGGUCAUAUGUCUGCUGUCAAAGCAGAGAAACUGUUUGCAGCUCGUCUGAAUCUUUAAAUUAACUGAACCGAGACGCAGAUAGAUCAUGCCAGCCCAGGCAGCUCAGCCGUCAAUUAUUUUGUAGAUUCCCUUUCCCUGGCCAUGGCAUCACAUCGCAUGAAGCCGUUCGGUUCCAAAUCCGCGUAUUAAAUCCGGGGCAAACACGGAACCCCUGGCUGAUCGUGUCAGACGUUGAAGAUCAUAGGUCCUCUCGGACUCAGGGUGCUACAUAAUAAGCCUGUUUUCGGCUGCUUAGGACUUGAGAAAAUACUCGGUAUGGGACAUGCAAUGCUGUUAAUCGGCAGUAUGUAAGUGUAUUUUCCAUGACGCGUGAGAUGCAGCUCAGCAUUGCCGUUCGCGGUGUAAUUCUAUUGGGCUAGAGCUGGCCUAUUAUAUUACAUUGUCGUCCACGGAUCAACCACUCGUCAGCGGACAGCCUUGGUGGUUAGCUCAGGUAUGUAGCCUGGUAAGGUGGUUUUCGCUACCUUAGCCAGGGGAUCUCAAACUACCUACAAUCCUUCCUUGCUUACAGCUACAACGAAGAUGUUUUUGUUCAUCUUAGCUUGAUAGCUUCUCGCUAAGAAGCCCACAAUACUAAGAUCUAUGCUCUAAUUUAGCAUAUUCCGCUUGUCGCUCUAACUCUUCAUCCAAAACGUGAUAUGAGCAGAGAGACCGAUUUGGUGUUUUCGAGGCCCACUCCAUGAACUUGAUUGGUUUAGAGGCACCGGCCGCGGAAAAAUUUUACGGCGUUGUUCAGUGAGCUUUUUCAGUUUGCGUGCCGCUAAUGUACUUGGAGCCCCCACUACCCCGCCACUGGCUCUAGAUUUUUAUUAUCAUCAGGCUCUGUUUCUCCCUUUGGCUUUUGCUCCUCUUUGCCAGUCUCAUCAGCUUCAUUUUCUCCUCUUCUCCAUCCCCAUCUCAUCCUUAAAAGGUCUAAUCGACUCCAACCGUCAAAAUGCUUAUCUACAAGGAUAUCCUCACCGGUGACGAGCUCAUCUCCGACUCCUACGAUCUCAAGGAGGUCGAUGGCAUCGUCUACGAGGCCGACUGUGCCAUGAUCGAGGAGGGCGGUCUCAACGUCGAUAUCGGUGCCAAUGCUUCCGCCGAGGAAGCUGCUGAGGAUCUCGAGGACCAGGUCGUCAAGGUCAACAACAUCGUCAGCUCUUUCCGUCUCCAGGAGACCUCUUUCGACAAGAAGAGCUACCUCACCUACCUCAAGGGUUACAUGAAGGCUGUCAAGGCUGCUCUCCAGGAGAAGGGUGCUCCUGCCGAGGAGAUCUCUGCUUUCGAGAAGGGUGCCCAGAACUAUGUCAAGAACGUCGUCCUUGCCAAGUUCAAGGACUUCGAGUUCCUUACUGGCGAGUCCAUGAACCCCGACGGAAUGGUUGUCCUCCUUAACUACCGUGAGGAUGGUGUCACUCCCUACAUCACCGUCUGGAAGCACGGUCUUACCGAGAUGAAGGUCUAAGGUGGGGGUAGUGACGUGGUGAUGUUUUUGGUCUGCCUUGUUUGUGACGACAGACGGACGAGCAGUUAUUUAGAUUACGAGCCACACGAAUCUCGUUCUCGGCGCUUGGUAUAUCCCCGAGAUAUUGCGAUGAGAUGAACAAAAAAGAAAGAAGUCAUGAGUUCCAACCAAUUUUGUAUUUUUGACCCUUUUGUGCAGUGAUGAAGGCGAUUCUCGAGGCAAAGAAAGCAGGAAAUAUCAAAAACUCCCCUAGAUGCGCGCCUGGUAAUGCUGUGCGUCUAAUACGGAUUCUCGUAACUUAAAAUUGUGGCCUCGUUGCCAUAGGAAUGGGAGGAGGUUCAUCGUUGGCGGGAGCAGCUGAAGCACCCAUAAGAGCCGGCUUCUUCUUUGGCGGAGGUGGAGGAGGCUUCUUCUUCCCAACAACGCUGGCUAAUCCGGGCGAUGCUGGCACAGAGGGAGCAUCCUCAUUUUGACUUUGUGUUUGGUUGCCUUGGAACUUGGAGUAUGAAUUCUGCGCCUUAUCAAGAAGCCCAUACUUUUGGUUCAGGUUAUUUGCUGUUUUGGCUCCAGCAGCGACUUGUUCGCCAUGACGUUGGCGGAAGUUGUUAGCUGUACUGGCAGCAGCUCGGACAUCGGAUAGAGAGACUGAAGAAGGAUCCUUUUGGAAUGAAGAGGCAGUCUUGAGGGCGGCUUGCUUCUGAGCCCAUGUGGUACCCUCACUAGGUGGUGGAGGUGCUGCUGUGUUAGCGCUAGAUGAUGUUCCAAACUUGGAGAAUCGGUUCUGCAGUUCGCUCAUGUGUGAUGUAGCAGGUGCUGGAGGCGGUGACGCGACACCAGGUCGUGGAGGUUGAGGUGGGCUAGGCGAUGCAUCGGCUGCCGGACUGGAACGACCGAUACCAAAGCCGGGGACUGAUAUCCCUGCUGCACCCAGACGAUUGACUGCCCCUUGAUUCAGUAGACCGUUGCCUGUAGGCGCAGGACUAGCAGCGGGAGAGCUUGUAAUGGUGCUUCCAGAAUUUGUCCUUGGGGGCAGUCGUGGUGGUAAACUGGGAGGUGCAGCUUUUCCUCCGACGCCCGCCAUUGCAGAUUGAUAUGAAGGCGGUUGCCCCGAACGUCCAUCAGCACCAUCUCUGCGACCGGGAGGCUUCGGUAGGCUAUCCGUUGAAAGACCUGUAGUAUUUGUGCGAUAAGGGCCACGAGGUUGCGGUUGUUCCUCAUAUCCCUCUUCGGGCUCGGCAUACACAGGUUCUUGAGGAGGCGGUGCUCUCGGGUCCAUGUAUUUCGAAGGAGCGGUGAUAACCUUUCUCGGUCCCGACUCUUCCCUUGGAGGUGGUGGAAGAAGACCGGCACCGGUACGUUUGGGAGGUGGUGCAAAGGUUGAAGGGUCCUUUAGUUGGGACAGCGGAACAGAAACGUGGCUACCUCGGUCCUCAUCCUCAGACUUUCCUCUCCCAACGAGUCCUUUCUGUGAGGAUGUCAGCCAUUGAUAACAGUAGCAGGGAAGGACGAGAGCGGAGAGGGAGACUGCUUACAACUUGACCUUUCAAGCUGCUGCCGGGCUUUUCAGGAUGCCAUCCAUUUUUCAUGAUAUCCUUGUAUUUGGACAUGGCGAAGAGAAGACUUGUAGGUAUCGGAUUGCUAUAGGAAUGAAGGAGUGAGGUGAGGUGAGGUGAGGUUGGGAUAGACGAGCUGCUCAAGGUUUACAUUAGUUACCCGCAGUUCCAGUUACAUUUGGGUUGGGCCCAAAUCCACUGAGCACGGGAGAGUGACGUACAGUUCUGCCGAGCCACUGGAGAUCCGUCAGUCAGUCAAGCCACAAUCUAUCUACCUACCUACCUAGUGUUCGCGGGGUUGUCUUCUUUGACAGCUGAGAUUCAGUGCUGACGCCUUGCGAUUUAGGUGUCAAUUCUUUGGACUUGACUUCUCAUGAUGGGAUAGAGAGUCCAUGAGUUUAUAGCCCAUCAUUUCAAUUAAUUUAUAG